AUGUCGUCGCGGUCUGGAACCACCCUUUAUGUCACUGGCUUCGGCCAUGGCACGCGAGCCCGUGAUUUGGCAUACGAGUUUGAACAUUAUGGCCGGCUGGUCAGAUGCGACAUUCCCGCUCCACGAACUGCUUCAAGCCGACUCUUCGCUUUCGUCGAGUAUGAAAGUCGCCGCGAUGCAGACGAUGCGUACCAUGAGAUGCAUAACAAGCGAAUUGGACGUGAUGAUCUUCUGAAGAUUGAGUGGGCCCGUACCCCUCCAUCUGCAACGUGGCGAUAUGAAGCUGGUCGAGGCCGUGAAAGCCGCGAUAGUCGGGAUGGUCGCGACAGCCGAGACCGCCGUGACCGUGAUCGUUCUCCAGCUCGACGUAGCGGCCGUUCCCCAUCACCUCGUCGUCGCGACUAUUCUCCACGCAAGGAUGAUAGACGCGAUCGUGGUGAUCGUGACCGAGAGCGAGACCGCGACCGAGAUUACGAUGAUCGCCGCAGAUCUCGAAGCCCUGCAGACCGCGACCGAGAUCGGGACCGAGACAUGAAAGAUGACCGGGACCGCCAUGAUGAUGAUCGAGACAAUGCAAAUGGAGAUGAUCGCAAAGGUACGAUGGAUGUCGAUGUCUUUGAGGAUACCCAAUGGAUUUGA